AUGUCUAGUGGUGGAUGCAGCAGGGCACCCGUGAAGAUUGUGAUCAUCAAUACCCAAUACGUCGAAACCGAUGCCACGAGCUUCAAAUCCGUGGUGCAGAAGCUUACGGGUAAAGAUUCUGACAAUUUAGAUGCAAAGGUUCAGAGGAAGAGGCAUGAUCAUAAAAGUGGGGUUGAGGGGAGGUCGUUUUUAAUGAGAGACGUGUCGUUUAAGGAGUUCGAUAGGUUGCUCAGCGAGAUGCCACCGCUAAACGACCUUUGGGCUGAUUAA